AUGGUUCUUGAAAAGUUUAGGCUAAAUGCGAACAGAACGCUGGGACUGAUGAAGAGACAGACUGCUCUCGUCGUCGACUCAGACUUAAAAGUCAUUGGUGAAGCCAAGGUCGAUUUUGACAAGGACUUUGGCCACAAAUAUGGCAUCAAGAAAGGUGUACAUGUCUACGAGAAGACAGGCGAGGUCUAUGCACCCGUCGCCAUGUGGAUGGAGUCGGUAGACCUCGUUCUUGACCGAUUGGCUGAAGCUAUGUCUGUCCCCCUUUCUCACAUUCGUGGUAUCAGUGGCUCUUGUCAGCAACAUGGCAGUGUCUUUUGGAAUGGCAACGCCUACGAGGUCCUUCACCACCUUGACCCUCGUCUUCCCUUGGUGGUCCAGCUGCCGCAGGCACUCUCGCACCAGUGGUCGCCCAACUGGCAGGAUCAGAGCACCCAGGCUGAAUGUGAUGCAUUUGAUGCUGCGCUUGGCGGCCGCCAGAAGCUUGCAGAGGUUACCGGAAGCGGUGCCCACCACCGUUUUACCGGAACCCAAAUCAUGCGUCUUAAGAAGGAUCUCCCAGAUAUGUACGCAAAGACUGCUCACAUUUCUCUCGUCUCUUCGUGGCUCGCAUCCGUCUUCCUCGGUGCCAUUGCUCCCAUGGAUGUCAGCGAUGUCUGCGGCAUGAACUUGUGGGACAUGUCUCGCCAGACAUUCAGUGAGCCUCUUCUCGAGCUUGCUGCUGGCAGUAAGCGUGAUGCCCUGAAUCUGAAGAAGAAGCUCGGCGAGCCUUGUCUGGAUGGCGCUGCUGUUCUGGGUUCUAUCUCACCCUAUUUCGUGGACCGCCAUGGCUUCCAUCCCGAUUGCCAGAUCACACCCUUCACCGGCGACAACCCUGGAACUAUUCUAGCUCUCCCCCUCCGACCCUUGGACGCUAUUGUUUCGCUGGGUACCUCCACAACCUUCCUCAUGAACACACCCAAGUAUAAGCCUGAUGGUGCUUACCACUUCUUCAACCACCCUACAACCGAUGGUCACUACAUGUUUAUGCUUUGCUACAAGAACGGAGGUCUGGCGCGUGAGCGAGUUCGAGACCAACUCCCUAAGCCUGAGAAUGGCCCCACUGGAUGGGAGAACUUCAACAAGGCUAUUGAGAGUACUCCCGCCCUCGGUGCUGCGAAAGAUGACGACAGGCGCAAGCUGGGCCUGUACUUCUACCUCACUGAGGUGGUGCCAAAUAUCCGUGCUGGCACUUGGCGAUACUCAUGUGAGCCCGAUGGCUCCGACCUUCAAGAGGUAAAGGACGGCUGGGAUAAGGAGACUGAUGCUCGAGUCAUUGUCGAGUCUCAGGCUCUCUCCAUGCGUCUGCGCUCUCAGAACCUUGUCGAAAGCACUCGACCUGGCCUACCUGCCCAGCCCCGUCGUAUUUACCUUGUUGGAGGUGGUUCUCUAAACCCAGCCAUUGCUCGGGUUAUUGGAGAAUCCCUUGGUGGCAGCGACGGCGUUUACAAACUCGACGUUGGCGGCAACGCUUGCGCCCUGGGCGGAGCCUACAAAGCUCUGUGGGCUCUUGAGUGUCAGCCAAACGAGACCUUUGACGAACUCAUCGGCAAGCGAUGGACCGAAGAGGGUAACAUCCAACGAAUUGAUGAGGGUUAUCGCGAGGGAGUGUACCAAAAGUACGGCAACGUACUCGGAGCCUUUGAGGGCCUGGAGAAAAAGAUUCUCGCCGAGCAAGCUGCAGGUUCAGAUAACGGACAAAAGGAUGUGCAGGCAAGCGGUUGA